UUGUCAAAGUGACGUCAUUAAUGUUGACAAUAUUUACCACAUGGUUUUGAAACUUAAAAAAUCGACAAUAAGUGACUGUGAAAGUCGUAUUAUUAACUGAAUUUAAACGUGAUAAAGUAUUGAAAACAGAAUGUCUGACGUACCGGAUCUCAGUUCCGACGACGAGCAAUACCAAGAGGACGAGUGGCAAGAAAUGGAGACGAACGAUGCGCCAGUGACAUGCUUAUUUUGCUCAAACGUUUUUCCGAAUAUCGACGAAACUGUGGUGCAUUGUGAAAAGGUACAUGGAUUUAACUUAAGCACCCUUAAAAUCAAGUUCAAUAUGGACUGUUAUUCUUACAUAAAGUUGAUAAAUUACAUCAAAACCCAUAAGUCAACUGCAGAGGAUAUCAUGAGUGUUGAUAAGUCGGUUUGGGACGACGAAAAGUACUUGAAGCCUGUAGGAAACGAUGAGUGGUUAAUGUUUGAUUUCGAUUCCUUGACAGAGAAGCAAAGUUCUCCGAAAACUUAUCAUGCAAACGUUGAAAAUGGUCUAGUAACACUAUCUCAAGCACAUUUCAUUGAACUGCAGAGGACAAUACAAAUGUUGACUGAGCAGUUAAAGGAAAGUCAAACUCACCUUCAGAUGGCUAAGGAAGAUAUGAGUAAAAUGCAGGUAUCAAUGAAAUCUAUUGUUGAUGGGGGAUCAGCAAAUGACAUAGGUGAUAGUACAUUAAUUGUAGAUUGUGUAUCAAAAGUUCCUUUAGAAAGUGACGAAGGCUAUUUCAGUAGCUAUGCACAUUUUGGUAUUCAUUAUGACAUGUUAUCUGACAAAGUUCGCACACAAAGCUAUAAGGAUGCAAUUUUAAACAACCAAAACAGUAUUCAAGAUAAAAUUGUACUUGAUUUAGGAUGUGGUACAGGAAUACUAUCCAUGUUUGCAGCAACAGCGGGAGCUAAAAAAGUGUAUGCGUUGGAUCAAUCCGAAGUAAUAUACCAUGCUAUGGACAUCAUUAGGGAGAACAAACUAGAAAAUGUUAUUAAAACAGUAAAAGGCAGGCUUGAAAAUACUAAGUUGGAUGAAAAAGUUGAUAUAGUUGUGUCAGAAUGGAUGGGCUACUUCCUACUUUUUGAAGGGAUGUUAGACAGUGUAAUAUAUGCCAGGGAUCAUUGCUUAAAUCCCAGAGGACUGUUACUGCCAAACAGAUGUAAUAUAAGCCUGGUGGCAAAUGGGGAUGUAGACACACAUAAGAAGUUAAUAGAGUUCUGGUCUGAUGUGUACGGAUAUAAAAUGAAUUGUAUGAAAUCCGAGGUGGUUAGAGAAGCAAGUAUAGACAUUGUACCAUCUCAACACAUAAUAUCAGAGCCUUGUAUUGUCAAAGAUAUUGAUUUGUACACUUGUAAUACAGACAUAAUAAACUUUACAUCAGAAUUCAAAUUACCUAUCAUAUGUGAUGGAUUUGUGACGUCUUUAGUUGGUUAUUUUGAUACAUUCUUUGAGCUUCCUCAAACUGUUUCAUUUUCAACUGGUCCACAUGAAACACCUACACAUUGGAAGCAAACAUUAUUCUUUUUCAGAGAUUGUAAAGAGGUUAAGAAGGGGGAUAUUAUUGAGGGUACAAUCACUUGCAGUAGACUGAAAACAGAUGUCAGAGGGCUUUCAGUAUUAAUAAAUAUCUUUGGGAAGAGUCAUAAGUUUGUACUUAGUUAAGUAAAUUUAAUAAUUAAGUACAAAAUAUAUCAUAAUCAGUUUUCGUUAUAAGUAGGUAGGAUAUUGCUUUAGUAAAGCUUUUAAAAUGGAUUCUAUGAUACUCUGGUUAAUUAACGAGUUUAAAAUGAAUAAAUGCAAUGUUAAUAAUAUGUUGACCGUACCAAUUUGUCGACUAUGAAUACCAUAAUUUUAUGUUCUUUCAAAAAUAAUUAGACAGGUUUGCAAUUUUAUCGGCGCGGCAGUAUCGCAAAAAAAUUCUAAUAGAUUUUUUACAAAAAUGUCGAGCAUUGUAAAAAAACAAUAAGUAGGAUCCAAGUUUUCUACGAUCCGCUAGAAAAAGUCACAAACUUUGGUGGUGUUCUUUGUAAGUACCGGUUUCUUUUAAUUUCUAAAACUACCUCAUAAAGCUAUAAUCCCAAUCAGAAUGGCAUCGACCGCUACUUUCUAUGCUCAUUAUUUUUACAACUUAUCUACUAGCAAAUGCCCGUGACUUCACCUGCGUAAACUGCAUCCUAAAACUGUUGGGUAUCCAUGUAGGUAUGUGAUUAAUAACACGCAGGUACCUUGUCCAAUUUUUAAAUAUUUCUAAUAAGUAGAUACCUACCUAAUCUGUGAUUCGGUUGAUCAGACCGACCUUCCUAAUUUUGUUUUAUCGAGCUUUUCUCUUUUUUGGGCUAUUUGCUUUACACAAAAUUAAAAAGUUCUUGUACAAUUUGUUAAGUAGGUAGCUAGUUUCUUGAUUUCUCGAUUCAUAAUUUCUGUUUAUUUUGGAAUUCCUUUGAUAAGUCAGUUUGAGAUUUUUUAAACAAUGUGCAUACCUACACAUCGAUGGCCUGUCCAAAACUUCUUUAACAUAGGUACUAUUAAUAAUAUGAUUAUAUACUUAUUUUAAGUACAUAAACGCACAAUAUUAUAUAGGUUCAGUACAUCUAGUUUUAUAUAGUCGAUAAAUAU